AUGUCUAAGUAAAAUAAUGAUCUAUUCUAAAACAAUAGAUCUAGUAGGGCAACUAAAACAGAACAAUGUUAUUAAUUUGAAGCUGGCUAUUUAUAGCAGGCCCUCAAAUAAUUCAGUUCUCACCAUUCUUAGUCUAUUUCACCUAUUCGAAGUCUAAAUGACUCAAGUAUUGAUAACAAGUAUGGAUUUAAUGGCUCACCUAAUAUAAGUAACGCAGAAUAAGUAGAAAUAUUAAAAUAAACAAAAGUAAAUAGGUGCAUUAAUUUAAGAGAUUGAGAAACAAAAUAUCUCAAUUAAAUUGAAAACGUAAUAAAUUUAAGAAUGUCAUUCAAAAAUUAGUUAAAUGGAACUACACUAUGGAUUAAAGAUUGAAGAUUUGGAAGCACAACAUCUUUACUAAAUUUAAUUAACUUAGAGUUAAGUAUACGAGCAAUAGCAAGAAAAUUCAAAUUUAAUUAAUGAAAUAAAUCAAUUGAAAUGGUAACAAAAUCAAUAUAAUUUGCUUGUUGAAUAAACUAAUACAGAAAACAAAUAAUUAAGAGAAUAAAUAAUAAAAUUUUAAUUUCUAAAUUCUAUUUAAACAGGAGAUAUGAAUGAUGAUCCAAAUUCAAACUAAUAGAAGUAAGAAACAAUCUAAAUAAAACAGCAUACGAUUAAAUUGAAUGAAGUUAUUUAAAGUUUUGAAGAAUAAAAUAAAAAUUAUGAAGAAGAAUAUAGUAAAUAGUUUAAAGAAAAUCAUCAUUUGAAAAAUCUCAAGAAUAUUCUUACUUAAUAACUAGAAACAUUAAAAAUUGAGAAUUUACAACUUUAAGAAGAAAACACAGCAUUAUUAGACUAAAUGAAUAGAACCAAAGAAUAGUUCAAUAUCUCUUAAGAAUAAAUAAAAUACCAAUUAAAAUAAGAGUAAAUAGAAAAGCAAUAGCUUUAAAAUCAAUUUCAACUAAAGGUUUGUGAAUUAUAAACAGUCUCAUCUUAAUUAGAAUCAAUAAUAUAAGAAACUUAAUAAGGUUCUUCUUAAUUAAAUCAAUUUUCUUGGAAAAUUAGUUCACUUGAAUAAUAAGAACAUGAUCUUUAAAAUCUCAUAGAGCAUUAAAAAACACAAAUUACAUAAUAAAGAAAAACAAUUAAUCUUCUUGAAUAAAACCUAUUGAACUCAUAAAAUACUGAGAUACAAUACUAAUAAUUAUUAUAAAAUUACAAUAAUAUAAAAGAAUAACUUUAUUAAUCUUCAAUUUCGGAACAUAAUGGAACCAAUAAUCAAUAACUAAUUUAGUAAUAAUUAUUGACUUCAUAGAAAUAAUGUUAGGAAUAAUAAAUUAAAAUAGAAAAGCUAACUGUAAUGUUAAAAAAUAGAUUAAACGAAAUAGAAUUGUGGAAAAAUAAAUGCUAUGAAAAUAAUUCAUAUGAAAAUAGACAACAAUUUGAAUAAAUUAAAUAAGAAAAUGAGAUAUUAAGAUAAAAGUAAAAAUCAAUUAUCCAUUUAGAUGCAAUAUGUUAGAGAUAAAUAUAAAAGAAAAUAAAAGCCCAAUUUACUCUUAAGAAAUUAUUAAAUUAAACUAGAUAGUAAGAUUAUAUAUUAAUCUAGAUUAAAUAAUAAUAGGAUAGAAUAAUAGAUCAAUAACAGCUUUUGGAAUUAAAAAAAAAAUAAUUGGGUAGCCCUAAAAGUUAAAAAGCUUUUACAACAGAGAUGAACACAAAAGAGUUCAAUUCAAAAAGUAAACGUAAUUGA